UUUUUUUCUCGAUUUUAGUUUUCGAUCAUCUGUUUCAUCAUGUUGUUUGAGCGUAUUUUUUUCUUUGUUGGUUUUUUCUGUUUGGUUCCCUAGAAAAUCAGAUAGAAAGAAAAGAGCAUUAGUGAUCCAUGCGCAAGAAUUCAUAAAAAAGAUCAUUGUUUUUUUUAUGGAGGUUAAGCUAUGGAACGACAAGAGCGAGAGAGAAACUUACGAAAAUUUCGCAGAGAUUUACGCCAUUAUCAAAACAACAGAAAAGCUCGAAAAAGCUUACAUAAGAGAUAUCAUUUCAUCAUCUACAUACGAACCUGAAUGUCAAAAACUCAUCGCCCAUUUCAAAACCCUAGCUUCCGCUCUCAAAGAUACAAUCCCCAGCAUCGAACGCUUUGCAGACACGUACAAAAUGGAUUGCCCAGCCGCUUUAUACCGUUUAGUAACCUCUGGAGUACCCGCCACUGUGGAACACCGUCGUGUUUCGACGGAAGGAACGGCUGCCUUUGUGGCGGAAUGCGUACAAAAUUUCAUUACCGCCAUGGAUUCAUUGAAGCUUAAUAUGGUGGCGGUUGAUCAAUUGCACCCGUUAUUGACCGAUCUUUCGUUGUCGCUCAAUAAACUUAGUAUUUUGCCGGUUGAUUUCGAAGGGAAGAUGAAGGUGAAUCAAUGGAUUUUGAUGUUAUCGAAAAUGGAAGCAGCGGAUGAAUUGAAAGAAGAACAAGCUAGACAAUUACAUUUUGAUUUGGAAUCUUCUUAUAAUUCGUUUAUGGCAGCUUUGCCUAAUCGUAGUAUUGGAUAAGUGAUGAAGCUUGAGCUGCAGCUUCAACCCAGCAAUUCAGCUCAACCUAGUGAUGCUUGAAAUUUUGAUCUGAAAAUUUAAU